UGUCCCUGUCACCCCUGGGUGUCCCCUGUCACCCCUGGGUGUCACCUGGGUGUCGGUGUCACCCCUGGGUGUCCCUGUCACCCCUGGGUGUCCCCUGGGUGUCCCCUGUCACCCCUGGGUGUCCCCAAGGCGCAGGUGGCGUUCCUGCAGGCCGAGCGCCGGGGACAGGAGCACCUGAGGGACCCUGGGUGUCACCCCUGGGUGUCCCCUGAGUGUCCCUGUCACCCCUGGGUGUCCCCUGGGUGUCCCCUGGGUGUCGGUGUCACCCCUGGGUGUCGGUGUCACCCCUGGGUGUCCCCAAGGCGCAGGUGGCGUUCCUGCAGGGGACAGGAGCACCUGAGGGACCCUGGGUGUCCCCUGGGUGUCCCCUGGGUGUCGGUGUCACCCCUGGGUGUCGGUGUCACCCUUGGGUGCCCCCUGUCACCCCUGGGUGUCCCUGUCACCCCUGGGUGUCCCCAAGGCGCAGGUGGCGUUCCUGCAGGCCGAGCGCCGGGGACAGGAGCACCUGAGGGACCCUGGGUGUCCCCUGGGUGUCCCUGUCACCCCUGGGUGUCCCCUGGGUGUCGGUGUCACCCCUGGGUGUCCCUGUCACCCCUGGGUGUCCCUGUCACCCUUGGGUGCCCCCUGUCACCCCUGGGUGUCCCCAAGGCGCAGGUGGCGUUCCUGCAGGCCGAGCGCCGGGGACAGGAGCACCUCAAGCUGGACCUGGUGAGGAGGAUCCGAAUGUUGGAAUUCGCCCUCAAACAGGAGAGGUCCAAGUACCAGAAGUUGAAGUCGGGGCCGGAGGCGGCGCCAGGGGAGCAGCGCCCGGAGGAGCCGCUGUCCAACGGCCCCGUGGAGCUCGAGGGGGGCUGGAAGGAGGGGAGGCAGCUCCUGCGCCAGUACCUGGAGGAGGUUGGCUACAGCGACACCAUCCUGGACAUGCGGUCCCGGCGCCUCCGCUCCCUGCUGGGCCGGAGCCCCCCCGGGAACCCCGAAAAUCCCAAAAUUCCCGAAAUUCCCGGAAUUCCCGAAAUUCCCGGGAGCCCCCCCUCCCCUCCCCCGCCCGGGGAGUCGCUGCUGCUGCGCAGGAUCGAGGAGCAGAUCCAGAGGAACGCCGGGAAGGAGCCGGAGCCGGGGCUCAGCCCCUCCCCCCCUGACGAGGACAGCGAUGAAGAGGAGGAGCCCGAGGGCCCCUCCCCCACCCCGGGCCCUCCCCACCCCCACAGGAGGGGAAAGGGUGUCCCCAGGGUCCCCGAGGAUGACGAUGACGAUGACGAUGACGAUGACGAUGACGAGGAUGAAGAUGAGGACGAGGAGGACUCCGAGGACGCCCUGGGGGAGUUCGACUUCCUGGGGACACCUGGGGACAGCACAGGGAGUCACCGGUGCCACCUGCGGGACGGGGACCUGGCGCCAGCGCGGCCACCACGGCCACCCGAAGCUGUCCCUCCGCAGCCGCUGGCCCUGGACGGCCUCGGGGACCUGGCGGAGCUGACGGUGACAAACGACGGCGACGGCGGCGACGUGUCCCCGCUGUCCCCUCGGCGCAGCUGGAGCCCGCGCCUGGCCUCAGUGUCCCCAUUGUCCCCAAGUGCCACCCUGUCCCCGCAGGUGUCCCCGCUGUCCCCGCAGCGCAUCUGGAGCCAAUCCCCAAUGUCCCCAGAGUGUCCCCAUCGUGUCCCCAAGUGCCACCUGUCCCUGCAGGUGUCCCCGCUGUCCCCGCAGCGCAUCUGGAGCCAAUCCCCAUUGUCCCCAGAGUGUCCCCAUCGUGUCCCCAAGUGCCACCUGUCCCUGCAGGUGUCCCCGCUGUCCCCUCGGCGCAGCUGGAGCCCGCGCCUGGCCUCAGUGUCCCCAUUGUCCCCAAGUGCCACCCUGUCCCCGCAGGUGUCCCCGCUGUCCCCUCGGCGCAGCUGGAGCCCGCGCCUGGCCUCAGUGUCCCCAUUGUCCCCAAGUGCCACCCUGUCCCUCCAGGUGUCCCCGCUGUCCCCUCGGCGCAGCUGGAGCCCGCGCCUGGCGCUGCGCGGUCACCUGGACGCGGUGCGGGCGGUGGCCUUUGUCCCCUGUCACCCGGCGUUGGUGACAGCGUCCGAGGACGCCACCCUCAAGCUCUGGAACCUGCAGGGGGCGCUGGGCCCCAAGCGGAGCGCGGCGCAGGACGUGGAGCCGGUGUACGCCUUCCGCGGGCACAGGGGCCCCGUGCUGGCGGUGGCGGUGGCACCAGGUGACCCCGCAGGUGGCACAGGAGGUGACACAGGUGGCACAGGAGGUGACACAGGUGACACAGGAGGUGGCACAGGUGACACAGGUGUCACCGGGCUGUGCUGCAGCGCCGGCCUGGACGCUCAGAUCCGCUGCUGGCGCCUGCCCCGGCUGGACAGCGACCCCUACCAGGGCUACGACCCGUCGGUUCUCCGGGGGCUCCUCCUGGGUCACUCUGACGCCGUUUGGUCGCUGGCGUUCGACAGCACCGGGCGACGCCUGGCAUCGGCCUCUGCCGACGGCACCGUGCGCCUCUGGGACACACCUGGGGACACAGUGAGGGGGACACACCUGGGGACACACCUGGGCAGGCGGUGCCUGGCCUCGGCCUCUGCCGACGGCACCGUGCGCCUCUGGGACACACCUGGGGACAUCGGGGACACACCUGGGCAUGGUGGCACCUGGACUGGCACCUGUCUGAGCGUGCUGGAUGGGCACAAAGAUCACGGUGUCCCCACCUCGGUGGCCUUCGUCCCCUCCCACCCCUCCCAGCUCGUCGCCGGCUUCCGCUCAGGUGCCACCGUCCUCUACGACCUCGAGGCCACCAAGGCCACCCUGGUGUCCCCAAACGGCGGUGGCAGUGCCCAGGUGAACCAGGUGCUCGCCCACCCCUGGCAGCCUCUGACCAUCACAGCCAGCGACGACCGCGCCAUUCGUUACCUGGACAACCGCACAGGUCAGGUGGUUCACUCCAUGGUCGCUCACCUGGACGCCGUCACCUGCCUGGCCCUGGACCCCAGCGGAGCCUUCCUGCUGUCCGGCAGUCACGACUGCUCCCUGCGCCUGUGGCACCUGUCCGGGGGUACCUGUGUGCAGGAGCUCCCCGCCCAUCGCCGGAAGCACCACGAGUCCGUUCUCGCCGUCGCCUUCCACCCGCGCCGCGCCCUCGGUGCCAGCGCCGGCGCCGACGGGCUGGCCAAGGUGUUCGUGUGACACACCUGGGGACACCUGGGCACACCUGGGGAUGCACCUGGGGACA